UAUAUAUAGAUAUAGAUAUAUAUAGAUAGAUAGAUAUAUAAAAAAAUAUGAUUCAUAAUGUUAUUAACCAAGAUUUACCUUUCAAAAUAUAAAAUGAUUUGAAUGGCUUCUUCAAGCUUAUGAGAUUUUACUAUUCUUAGUUAAAGCAUUUACUUUCAUCUUCAAUCACUAGAGAAUAAUGAUGAAUAUUGACACAGUUGAGCCCAUUAAUACAGAGGAUACAAUAAAGAAUGCAAGUAAACAAAAUUCUAAACUGGUCACAAAAACAUUGAAAAGAUUGACAUACUCAUAGCACAUACAACUGAAGAAUAUACAAUGUAACAUUACAUUUUUAGAAUUUCUGUAUUAUUUCUGUUCCUUUAGGUAGAGUGGAAACAAUUAACAUUUGAAGCUAAGCACAAGGAGCUAUAUUUUGUUGGAUAUAUUUCUUAGGAUUAUUGGUUUAAAUAAUAGAAGUAGUUAUAUAAUACACUUUCAGUCAAACUGUCAAUCAAAGAUAGUGUGUGCUCAUUUAUGACCCUUUGUGCUUCUCUGGCUGACAUUUCUGUAGGUAACCUAAUUUAUGACCAGGGUGGGGGUAGCCCUAUCGACUGUAUCAGUGGGUCAUUCUGGCACCUGUGUGUCGGGAUCUGUGGGGUGUGGGGGAGUAGUCCCCAACAAAUGUGUUUGUUAAUGUUGUGAAAACCUGUUUCUCCCAGUAGUAAUCACACACAAUGUAUACCACAAUGUAUUUUUCGUGGUAUAAGAGAAUGUUUGUUUCUGAAAUUACUUUUUGUGGUAUUGUUUUAUUUGUAGCUUAAGGAUGUUUGGGUGAAAUACGUCUGAAAAAGUGUAUCAAAUGGUUAAUAUUGGGUAUACGUUUGUGUGGGGGAUUUCGUUUAUGUAACCACAUUGUUAGAAAAAGCAUGAUGUUUGAAUGUGUACAUAUAUGAGCAGAAUAUUUGUUUGUGAAACAAAUGAAAACAAAUGUUGAUUACGUUUUUUGGGAGACUGGUUUGACUUGGAAUAAAAAUUUAGGAGGUAAAACAUUUUUUUUUUUUAAAAGAAUCUGUUUAAAAGAAUCAUACGUAUUACAUGUCUUCCAAACAUAAACCUUUAGGAAGUAAAAAUGAGUAAAAGAGCUGUUUAAAAGAAUCCGUAAUACAUGUUUUCCAAAAACAUAACCCUUAUGAGAUAAAAACAAACUGUGGGGAAACAGUUUGUAAUCAAAGAACAGUAAUUAAAUCUAGAAAAUGCGAUGACGACGGUUUGUGUUCCUUUGAACAGUGUGGUAACAUGGAAACAUUACAGUAUUUAAUUCAGACAAUGGAGGAUCUGAAUAGAUCUGAGUCUACCACUGAUACGUUGUUGGAAUUAUUAAACAUUGCGAGAUCAGUGGCAGACGAUCAAGCAGAAUCAAUUCCUCUUCAUCAACUUCAUCAUUAGAACAUGCUUCAAAUUCACAACAGGUGGGGAGGGGUUCAGACAGCGAAUCGUAUCAUACGUUUAAUCCUUUGGAGCCAAAUUUUGGGUUAUCCGCAUCCGCUAUUGAUUCUAUUGUAAGAGAGGGUGGCGAUAUUGGUGGUUGUACAGUGGUAGCGAGACUCAGAUUUAAUAGUUUGGAGAUACGGCGUCAUAUAAAUGUGUGUGAUAAACGCCCCAGACCUGGCUGCGUACACAAUAUUUCUGCAUGGUGUCAUGGAUGAAAUACUGUCAUUUUCCAGACUGCUGGCCAGUGAUGGGGGUUUAAUCAACAUAACAUUGAGAGGCCCUAGUCUACCCUCUGAUGUUAACGCUGUCUUGUGUGCGUGUUCACAAACCAGAUUGAGAACAUUAUGCAAAGCAAUUCUAAUGUGCGAGCUGAUGACAGUUUGGAUCUAAAUGUGUCUAUAGCUCAUGGUAAACACGGUGGUGCUUAUCGAAAGAUACGUGAUCUAGCCCAUAACGAAGUGGUUGCCAUAAACAGAAUGAAUCUGUUUUGUCCCAGCAAUAUAUCUAACAAUCUGUGUUUUGCAAUCUGUCUGGCCCAUUUUCUACAUCACAAAUGUCGUGUACUGAUCUAGAACUGAUAGCCGAGUCUCUGCAGGACACUGCGGGGUAUUCAGUACAGCAAAAGAUAGGGUUUAAUGACAUUACAGAGUUUGAACAGUUGUUACACAUUAAAAUAGUGGUGUUACAUAGAACAUGUACUGGUAUGUUGGAACGGUAUACGUCCAGUGACGUGCCCCAUAACAAGACCAUGUUCUUGUAUCUGCACAACGAACAUUAUUUCAUGAUUAAGAACCUAAAAGCGUUCAUAGGUACUCCAUACGUGUGUGACUACUGCCACCAUGGAUUUACUAGCCGUAGAGACCAUAGGUGUAAAUACAUUUGCAAUGUUUGUAAUGCACCUGAUUAUCAUAAAUACGCUGUCAAAACGAGGCAAUGUCACGAUUGUUUGCGAUACUGCAGAUCUGCUGUGAUGUCACAAAACUGUCACUGUCAGAAAUGUAAUAGGCGAUAUCAUGUCAAUGGAGCCACCCCAAAACAACACGUGUGUGCAGCAGAACUUUGUAUCCAUUGUGGCAUGGAAUCGGUUAAUGACUGUGUACACCAGUGUUUUAUACAGCCAAUAAAACUCGAGCCACCUAGCGACAAAUACAUAUACUAUAAUUUUGAGACACGACACGUAGAUGGUAAACACGUUGCAAACUUCAUAUACGUGAUUACGUUUAAAGGGGAAGAGUUCACAGCUGCUGGUACAGACUAUAUAGAUCAACUUUUAGACAAAGUUUAGAUCAAAGUUUAGACAGCCUCAUUAUCAGAAUUUCACAUGUGUUGCACACAUUGCUUCAGGGUUUUACAACUUUAUAUUUUUGGAAUAUUUCACAAAAGCAGGGCUAACACUUCAAAUUAUUAUGCAAGGCUGUCCGAUCAUUUUAAUGCUUAAUGCUUUCCCGGACAAGACAUUCAAGCACCGUUUCAUUGAUAACUACUCAUUCAUCCCUAUGCGUCUGGCUGUGACGUCCACUGCGUUAAAUCUAACCUGUUCUGAGAGGUCAUUUUCCAUACCUAUUCAGUAGAAUAGAAAAUGAAGACUACAUAGGACCAUACCUGGCUAUGAGACAAUGACUACGUUUACAUGGACAGCAGUAAUCUAAUUAUUGACCUUACUCUGAGUACUCUGUGAUUAAGGUGUUUACAUGAGUUACUUUUAGAAUACUCCUGUCAUGUUCCCAUUUUACAUGUUAUAAAACAUAGUUCAAUUAACAGCAUGUGUCAUUACGUCACCACACCACGCUGUCCGACGUUUCCUCCAGAAUUUCAUGUAUUAACAUACAGCUCAUCUUCGUUAUGGUACCGUAUACAGUUUUGGGUGUUUAAUUUUUUAUUUUAUGAAAGCUUCAAGUGCAGUUAAUCAUUUGUCAUGCUGUACGUGCAAAUAGAUGACGGCGGAUACAAAUUCUCCAGCAACAGGCCUCCUCUGUACUUUCAUUCGGCAACAGUGGUAGUGGUCCUGUACCAGCUCGGUAGCUGCGGGGAAUACCGAGUAAGAGCUAAUCAAUUUGGCGUGCACAAGUGCACGGUCAAGAAGUUUGUGUACAUGGUUUGCAAAGGAAUGCUAUCCUAUGCAAAAAAUCUAAUCCAGGUUCCUAGUCUGGAGGAGGCAAAUGCAAUUGCUUACCGAUUCGAAAUGGAACAUCACAUACCACAGAUAAUCGGAUGCGUUGGCGGGACGCACAUUCCCAUACUUCCGCCAAAAGAUGGAUAUAGGGACUUUGUUAUCGUAAAGGAUGGCCCUCAUACGUGCUUCAGGCAGUCGUGGAUGACCAAUAUUGCUUUUGGAGUGUCAAUUGCCAAGUUCCUGGGAGUGCACAUGAUGUCAAUGUACUGUGGCAAUCACAGCUAUGCAAAAAGGCCCAUCUACUCCCCAGGGGAGUGAGGGUGAUUCAGGGGAAACCUGUGCAUUUCUUUCUCCUCGGAGAUCCAGCUUAUCCACUCAUGGACUGACUGAUGAAGUGUUACCCACAGUCUCUAGGCCUAACACCUGAACAAGAGUCGUUCAAUGUUCACCUCAGCUCAACAAGAACAACAGUGGAGAUUGCUUUUGAGAGACUGAAGUCUAGGUGGAGGGUGCUCCUGAAAUGCAGUGAUAUUUUCACUUCACUUUCUCACCUUGCAUGAUUACAUGUUGUGCACUGCACAAUUUUUGUGAACGAGAAAAGGAGAAGGUCCCCCAAUGCUGGAUGGAGGAGGCAACAGUUAUGGAGAGAGCCUUACCCCAGCCCCACAGUGCACCACAGAACCAGCACAGAUGCUUAUGUCAUGAGAGAUGCAUUAUCACCAUACAUGGCAGCAACAUUUCCCCUUUGGAGGAGUAUACAUUAGGCACAAGUGGUUAACAUUCAGCAUAUUUGCUUGCUUUGAGGAGCUUGGAAAGUCACACUUCUUAGUAUUUGUUCAACGUUAUUAUCUCCAGUCUGUGAUGUUAACUGCAUUCAAGAAGUUAUUUUAUGAAGAAGUGCUGCACUUUUUAUUUUAAUGUGAACUAGGCAAUUUCUUUAAGUUUCUGUUGGGUUUUGUAUGCCUUAAUUCCAGGAACACUGCACACAGGUUUGAAGUGCAAAAAAGGACACAACAAAAAGGAUAAUAAGAAAGGGACCUCUUCAAGUUCUGCUCACUUAUGGUAAAUAUUACUUUACAAAAAAUAGAGGUUUAAUUAAAAAAAAACAUUUCAACCCCAUCCAGGGUGUACCCUGCCUUGUGCCCCAUGCUCCCUUAGGUUGGCUCCAGGUAUCUCAUGACCCUGUAGGAUGGACAGAAACUGGAUGGAUGAAUUUUUUAAAUUUUUUUAUUUAGUUAUUUUUUUUCAAAAAAUGAAAGGUUUCACUUACUAACAAAUUUAUAUAACAAAAGACAAGGCACAUUCUUUCCUGUAACACAGGCAAAUAUGAGGUAGGCAAACACAUCUAAACUCAAGUCAAUACAGGCAUUCACAAAGUAUUUUACAUAAGCAGGUUUUCUGCUACCUAAUGGCAGGCUGCUCACAGGUGAGUAUAUGAUCGAGCAUAUUCAUUUGCUUCUUCUGACCCAUGUUCAGCAGUGGAUGUGUUUGACACAGUAGAACCAUGCAGGGUAUAGUUAGAUGGCUGUGUGUGAUACCCUUGAAAGUGUGGGGGGUGCAGUGAAGGAGGUGCAAACAUUGGAUGUGGGUGCUUUGGAAUCCCUCAACAAGUAUUGAUAUAAUGUGCUCGGUGGAACGGACAUUGCUCUCAAUUAAAGCACUAAGGAGUCUCUCCUCCCUUUGCUCGGAUUGCUGGAUUUGGUCUUGAACCCAUUAAUUUUAUUGCCUCAUCAUCUGUAUCAUGAACUGCUGAUGCUGAGAGAUCACAGUGCAUCUCGCAGAUUUCUUUCUUCGAGAGUAACCUAUGUUAUAUAUGUUACCAUUAAAAAAAAAAAUAGAAAUGUCA